GGCUUUGCUCAAGCUCUCUUCGAAACGAUGUCAAUCAACAUCAAAGACACUGUGAGGGCCAUCCGGGAGAUGAUCCCCAUUAUGGACCCCGAGGACGACUACCUCACUAUCGCCGCCGCAGAGGAGCAGAUGGCGAUGACACACGAAUCACGGCAGAAGGACAUGCACGACGCACACGUCAAAGUCAAACAGCUGGCCCGCAAACUCGAAGCCGCCCGCGCCUCGGCCACACGGCCCUCCACCAUCCCCUCCGCCGAAGAACACGCCGUGCACAUGAACGAUCUCGACGCGACGCGGCUCUCGCUCGCCAAAGCCAUCAACGACGCCGAGAGCGCGCUCGCAGCAAAAGAGGCCGAGCUCACGCGCUUUAAGGAGGAGACGCGGAAUCUCGAGUCGUCCGACCCGGCUGCGGAGCACGAGCUCGACUCUACUGCGCUACGCCUCGCGAUCCAAAAGGGCGCUGGGUUCGAGCCGAUCGUGGACGCACACGGACGGUUAUCCAAGGUGCUCGUUCGUGCGGAUUCGGGUGACGUCCACUGCGUAACGUUUGACCAGCCCAAAUCCGACGACGAGUACGCUCAACUGCUGUGGAACCUCGCCUCCUCAUAGUAUUCUCCUCUCCGUACCCCGAUACCCACUUACCCAUGGUCCAUAUUGACACGCCCACCUUAGCUUAAGUUAUCCUUCUCCCUGGUGUUACGAUAUGGAAUGUACGAUAAGCAGAACGCAAUAAG